AUGGGCAAAUCGAGGAAAUCAAGAGCAAGUGCUACUACUUCUUCCAAACAAACCACCACAGACCAAGAAACUCAGAGAUUUGAAGAAGCUCAGAAGAUUCUGGACACACCCAAUGUGGUCACUUGUGUCAAGAAAGCUGGAGAUUUGGUUGUGCUCUGUGGACCGAUUUACACCAAGCUGGUAAUAGAAUUCUGGAAAAAUGCAGUUUGCAACGACUACUAUGUCGUCUCCCAUGUGCUGGAUAGGAAGAUUGUAAUUUCAGAAGAAUCCAUUGCCAAGCUACUGGGUAUGGAGUUCCAACAGGGAAAAAGGAUUAAGAAUGUUGAUGCUAAUAUUGCUGGGAUGAAGACUAAAGUGAAUAAGGAAAUUUAUGACAAUUGGUCGCAAACAAAGACCAAGUAUGGAAUAAAGGAUCUGAAGCCCUUAAUGAAAAUCUGGCAGAAGAUCUUCAUCUACUACAUUCACCCUAGAACUGGAGGAACUGAUUACCUGAAUGCAACUCAGAAGGUAAUUAUGUACUAUAUCUCUACGAGUGAACCUAUAUGUCUGCCAUUUCUGUUAUUCAACUAUCUGAAGGAAUGCAUUGAGAAGUCAAGGACAACAGCUUCUGAGAACAAGAGGUCCAUCUCUUACAUUCCUUAUGGAAGGUUGCUAUCUGACAUCUUUGUUCAGAACAAACUUGUCAAGACACUAUCAGACCUUGGACUUCAUGAAGAUCUGACCAUGUCAAUUGGCGAUGCUCUCAAUGGAACCAAGCUGAAAAGGAUGCAAAUCAUUGAGAAAGUCCAAGUUGAGCCCUCAGAAGAUACAUCUGAAGAGGUUCGUCAGAGGAACUAUCCUGUUGAUGACUUUCCUCUCUGGUCCAGGAAGGAUAACCCUGCAAGCAUUCUGGAAUAUGUAAGAAUGCUCAGAAGAAAUGGAGAUAAAAUCACUCUUGAAGAGUUUGUCAAAACUCUUCCUGAGAGUCCUCCUGAGAUGCCAACAAGGAGAUCAAAGAAAACAACCAGCAAGCCAUCAGAUCCCAAGGGCAAAGGGAUUCUGAUAGAGGAACCUAAAAGGAAGAAAGCUGCAUCCAAGUCAGUAGUCAUCAGGGAAUCAGUUCCAGAACCCUCUCCUAAAAGAACUCCAGAAGAGUCAUAUGAGGAAUCUCAAUCUGAUGUCUCUGAAAGCUCUGAGAAAUCCUUGGAAGAAUCCUCAAAAAAAGAGGAUGAUGAUGUUCAUAUCCUUGAACCGCCCUUCAAUGUGGAGCCUCUUCAACAAGUAGCUUCCAAUUUUGAAGACCAGCUUCAAGUUGCUCCUGAGUCUUCCUAUGUGUCUUUGUCCAACUACUCUGCAGUCAACUCACGAGAUCUGAGUUUUACUUCACCUGAGAAGACUGCUACCUCAAGGCCACGACAAGUAACGAUCUCUGAAGCUGAGCACAUGGAUGAAUCAGAUCACUCAGAGGCUGAAGUUGCUACUCAUGCUCCAGCUACAGAAGUUCCUACUUCUGCUCCAGCUCCAGAAGUUACUACUCUUGCUGCCAGAAUUGACCGUAUUCAAGAUGAUCAGCAGAGACUGUUUCAGAUGGUUGAGCAACCAGGACUAGUUCAGAUUGAACAGAGCAGGCAGAUUCAGGAAUCCUCCCGCAGAAUGGAAGAUAUGAUGAAAUUUUUGAUCGAGCAUUUUCCCUCUUCUUCCAAGCCUUGA